AUGAUUGCUUUAAUUCAUAUAAUAUCUAUCUAUCUAUCUAUCUAUCUAUCUAUCUAUCUAUUACACAUGCACACACACUAUAUACAUAUUAAUCUUUAUCUAUCUAUCUAUCUAUCUAUCUAUCUAUCUAUCUAUCUAGUUGGUCAUCAAGAUUUUUGUGACGAGAUGAUUCUGCACUGGAACCGGAAAUCCAUUAUGUACAUCUACAUAAUUUCCUUCUCACUCGUCUUGUCACGUGUUCUAUGCCAACAGCCAAUGAAAGUUGCAGACAAACACCAAUGCGUCGUCCAUGUAUCUGAACAAUCAAUAAAACGUUUCAAUGAGAGACUGGAAAACGGAAAGAGUGUAUUUUUCUUUCAAACUGAAUACGACUCAAAAGAAGCCGAUGACUUAACCAAAUCAAAACCAGAUGAUCAUUUUGCAAAUCCCAACGAAUACAUGUGGUUAUACGAUGGAGAAAAAGGAUUACCAGUUUAUAUGACCAUGCCGUAUUCUGAUUACUUUCCUUUGCACUUUCAUAUUUUCUUUCCUUUGUAUUUUCGAAUUGCUCAUCUGUAUCGUCUAUUAUGGCUUCCCUUUUCUACAGAUCUUAUUUGCAAUUCCUUAUAG